AUGGCACAAGGCGGCCAUGGUUGGCCUGGUGGGCAGUAUCAUGCCAGUGGUGUAGACCAGAAUAGUGUCAAUCAGCCCAACUCGGGAGGUCUGGAGUACGGUAAUGGUAUUAAUGCUGAUGAUAACAUGCUGUACAUGUCCAACUGGGACAGUAUGAACCAGAGCACCAGUAACUACCCUGCCCCAAAUGCUGACCCUGCCGACCACCAGUUCUACCAACCGCAGACCUAUUAUCAAGCUCACAACGCUUUUAGUAAUGGCAAUGCAUCUGUCGGCCAGAGGACCACCACGGCUUCUCCUGCAGCAGCUUAUGGUAAUGGCAUGUUUCAAGACUCGGCCUUUCAACGACCACAGAGUCAACCACAGCAGCAUGCUCACCAACAUACAUACCAGCACUUCAGUGCUACCGACUUGAAUCAGCAUGAUCCACAGGUUCCUGGAAGUUUUGUAGAGGGCUCAUGGUCGAGCACUGCUCCACAGAACCAAUAUUCUCAACCAAUGGGCUAUGAAAAUGCUCAGAACAUGUAUCAGCAGCACAUACAACCAUCGUCUCAUGCUCAUGCACAUACCUCGACGCCGACACCACCGCCUGCUCAGAGGACUAUAUCUCGGUUUCAAGCCAACAACGCAAACCAGACCAGUGCAAAGCCAGUCAUGAACCACUCGUCGAUGGCUAAUAUACAAAGCCAUCCGAACGUGCAGACUGCCAAUCCAACAGCGCCACGGUAUCAGUUCCAAGUCAUUCCGGGGCCGGCCGGAAAUAGUUCAUACCAGAACCCAGCCGUGUCCGUAGCUCAGCCAGCUGCAGCAUUCCAGGGACAACUUCAUUAUGCUCCACCUAGUCAGGCAGGCGCUCAUGGCCAUUUCCCGGUAUCGCCGCCUCAACCUGGCUUGCAACAAGCAUCGGUCCCGGUAAAGGGCACUGCAUCGACAAGUCAAGCCUCUGAUGCCCGAACAAACGAACUUGGCCAAUUCAAUGCGUCGGCCACUGCUUCAGCACCCGGCGCUUCCUAUGCCAACAAUCAGCAGAUGCCCGGACAAGUACCUUUCACUGGGUACAUGCAGCCCAGUCCGGCACCCAUGUUAACAGUGAUUCCAGCUCGCCCGGCCUUUGACCCUGUCGCUCACGGCGACUACACUCAGCUUGCCGGGUUCUCUAAUCUUUUCAUCUCUGGCACACCAAUCGAUGGGAGCAGUAUGGACCUGAUUACAGACGAUUCGUUCUCGUUCUCAGCCCAUUUUAACGCGAAGGAUGGACCCCUCACUCCCGGACAUCCUGGCCGGUUGCCUUGUGAGAUUCGACGUGAUUUUAAGUGGUUACGUAAACAAGAGAAAUCCGCUGACGUCAAUGAUGCCAAACGUCGAGCUAUUCGCCUGGAGAAAGAUAGACUGAACCGUGAGAUGAUGCACCUUAUUGGCGAGAGUGUCGAAUCUGCCACCAAAACUGGGACCACGAGAUCCGUAACCAAGCGCGAGAGCAGGACUGGCUCAAUACGCGUGCCUGGCAGCGAGUCUUCAGAUGACAGUUCGGAAUACGAGAGUGACUCUGAGUACGAGGAAACCCAGGAAGAUCAAGAAGCACGCAAGAUCAAAAUGGCUGGAAGACCCAGUGAUCCGGUGAAAGCUGUCGAGUACGACGUGAUACAAACGGUCUGGCGAGCUCCAGACGAUACAUUACCGGUUAAUGCCACUGCUGCCGCUAUCCAGGCCUUUGGUGUCCAGUUUGAGAAGCUCUGGAACAAGGCCAAAGAUCUCAGGAAGGACAUCAAAACUGCCAAGGAGAAGAAAAGCAAGAGGUUGGACUCUUUGGAAUCCGAACUCACGGCGCAACUAAAUCUCAUUCACGUUGCCGUUCAGACCGCCAUCAAGUAUGCUGAAUCCUCGGUUCUCGACAAUAUGGGAGGCAAUUCGAAGUUGGCCGUCAUGCUGUGGAAUGCACUUAGAGGUGCAAUUGCUACUAAAGAUUUCAACGGCCCACUGCCCAAAGCCAUUCUCCAUCUCAUGUCACAUUUCACAACCUUGCAGAAGCACCUGGUGACCGGAGUUUUCAAGGUUCAAGAGUACCAGAAGAAAUACCAGAAGGACUUUGACGAUAUCUGCAACGGCUACUUAGAUCAGAUACAGUCUAAGGCUAAAGACGAUGAUGACGACAAAAAGGUCAAAGACACCGCACCAGUGAACGGGACGAAGGAGCCUGCUCCUGUGGUUAGAAAGACGCCAAUAUUCACUGCAAAAGAUUUAGUGUCUGCAUCGAAGAAGUCAGCUUCCACCGAUUCAAAGAAAGUCUUACCAGCCGGUCCAACCGUCCUUGACGCUAAGAGAGCCAGCGGAAUUGUUACGAAAACGCCAGGAAUUUUGCCUUCGAAAAGACCCAGGGAUGAUGAUGUCGAUUCACGCAUCACGAAGAAGGUCGCAGUGGAUGGCUCUUCAAGUGGGACACAAGCGUCAAAGCCCGGUGCUGUGCCCAAAACGACUACAGUUGUGCAGCCUCGUCCCAAGUCCAGCGGCUCAAUCCUCCCUGGUCGAGCACGACCUACUGCCAAGCCCGCAGUCAAGAAAUCCGAACCCUCGUCCUCCACGUCAUCUAGCCUGUCGACGAUUAGUGGUCUGUUGGCAGAGAUUGCAAAGCCCAAGUCGCCACCUCGGCAGAAGGAUGAGCCGGUCAAAGCGCCCGAAACGGAGGAAGAGAAAACACGACGUCUCCGCAAAGAAGCUCGACGAGGCCUUAGAGUCAUGUGGAAGCCUGAUUAUGAACUGGAGGAAGUGCGGAUCUUCCAACAUGAUGCGAACGAGGACGAGGGUCGCGCCACCAAUAUGGUCCGUGAUGCUCGAGACAACCGUUCUGAAGGUCAAGCUCUGAAGAGGGCAAAACGCGCCAAUGAGUCUGAGGGGCAAGAUGCCGAUGUCGAUAAGGAUGACGAGGAUGAUAAUUCUGAAGAGGGUAAGCCCAAGGAACUUGCACUUCAGACGUGGACAGAGCCGUGUGCGAUUGAUUUCAGUCAUGUUGAUCAAGUCAACCCGGGACAGCGUUUGAAGAAUUUCAUCACUCGUGGUGGAAAUCAAACCAUCCAUACUGAGGAGCAAAAGGUCAUGGAGAAGUAUGAGCAAACACAGCUGAUUGCUAUUUACACGUCGCCUGCCGAUAUUCCCGAGACACCUAAGUCGCCAAUUCGUAAGGAGGCUGAAAGGGCUACUGUUCUUCCACACAUUUCCCAGCUCCCCACCAACACGCCCAAUCUGCAAGAAACUCAAACUCGCUGGCGUGAGAUUGCGCAACUGGGCACAGGUGAAGCGACAGAGCACAUGUUGCAACGUUUACGCAAUAAAUCUAGUCCGGAGGUUGCAGCUAAAUAUGAUCGACUGCUGCUUGACAUGCAACGCGGGUCGAUGUCAAGCCACGACCGUCAGCAGCCAUACGCGUUUGCCCCAAGCUCAGCGCAGAUGGUCUCUGGGCAACAAACUUUAAUACUUGCGCCAAUCAUGUCGCAGGAUGAACGAGACGCCGAAUGUCUUCGACUUCUGAAAUCAGAAAGGGUUCGCACUUGGAGUAACGCCAACCCUUUCGAGUCCGAUCAUCCAAGAACCAAGCGUCUAUUUAACUGUGGUGAUCCGAAGAUUCAGGCCGACAUUGAUGCAAUUGAGGACGUCGCUGCUGCCUUUGCUGGCAAGCCUUUCCCAGCCAUUGAGCCGCCCGAGCACUUGAGAUCAAACCCGGCCCAUGUCAAGGAGUGGCAGAUGGGUGUCGAAAAGGAUUUAGCAGCCAAGGCGACCUCAGACGCUACCGACCGCGCAAAGAAGCUUGCAGAGGAGUUUGCCCGCAAGAGUCUCGCUGCACCCGCACAACCAGUACCCCAGGCUGCAGUUACCCAGUCCGCGCAGGAUCCUAACGCUGCUGCAUGGGCAGCCUACUUUGCACAGAUGAAUCAGGCACAGGCUCAACCACAAGUGCAGCUCCAGUCGCACGCUCAAGCUCAGCCUGCCCAGGGCCAAAAUUUGACCUACGAUCAAUACACGGCAAUACUUGAGCAGACUCAGGCGCUGCAAGCUCAGCAUGCUGGCCAUGGUGCCCAGGUUCAGAUGCCCCAGUACUCUCAACAGCAGCCCGCACAGGAGGAUGCCAAUAGCAUUGGUGCCCUUCUCGCUGCUCUCGGGGGUCAAUCUAUCCAGGCCCAACCCGCUGCAGUCACUACCACCCAGCCUGCUCAGCAGGAUCCUAACGUUGCUAACGCAGCUGCUUGGGCUGCCUACUACGCCUCGCUCAACCAAGGCCAGCCACAACAACCUGUCUCACAACAACCUGUUUCACAACAACCUGUCUCACAACAACAGUCGCAGGCACAGAAGCGAGUAUACCAGCACCGCGACCGCGACCGAAGCACCCGCGACAAUUACGGUAGUGGAGACGGAAUACUCGACUAUGGUCCAUCCGAGUCAGAUUCGCACGAAAAAGGAGUUCGUGGUCGUAAGGACAACAAGGACAACUUCCGUGGCAAGGCAUUCGAUGGCAAGGGCAUCAACCGCUCACUUAUUGGCACUAAGCCUUGCACCUUUUGGGCCCAGGGCAAGUGUGCAAAGGGUGAGCAAUGCACCUUCCGUCACGAUGCCGCCGAUCUCAAGUAG